UUUCUUGCUCUUUGCUGUCUUAAAUUAUGCGUACAAUUCAAGUCUGUGUAAUAGAUAUUCGAUUCAGAACAUCACCGUUGUUUUGAGUUGUUUAGAUAGCCAUUUCAAGAUACUUAAUCUACCAACUCAUAAUUUUUAUUAUGUAGAAUCCCUCUCAACAACAAUGAUUUUUUAUGCUAUUUUCCGUUUUCUUGGGUUUGUAAAACUUGAUCAAUGUAAUCUGUAAUCUUACAAUAUAACCUGUUCUACAUUGUUCUCAAAUCUGAUUCUGUUUAAGAAAAACUAUACAGGUUCGUAGUUUUAUAUAUUACAGGAAAUAACAAGCAGAGUUGUCUUUGUGGAAGUGUACAAUCACAGAAAUCACUUGCGAAAAGCAAUAUGAUUCGCAUUACCUGAAAACAAAUUUCUAAAGUUAAAACUUCGAAACUGACGAUAGGUCUUAUGUAAACUAAACAAAUGUCAGUACAUGAAUACAUGAGGGACCAAGUAACACCAGGAAAUAAAAAUGAGGAACUUAAAAAAAAAAAAAAACAGUUUAAGCUUCAGCUCUCUUAUUCUCAUCUGCACGUUUGUCCAUUCUUGUACAAUAUCAAAUGGAUUACAAUAUAUUUAGCUGAUUGUAAUCUAUGUUCUUCUAUCCAUGCUUUCCUGUACAGUGCAUUCCCUAUCAAUGCACAGGGACCCCAAUCUAAUGGGAGAGCCCUGUGCUCAGAUCUUCGAGCAGCCAAAACAGAGAGGCAUGCGCUUCAGAUAUAAAUGUGAGGGUCGUUCAGCAGGCAGCAUACCUGGAGAAAGAAGCUCAGACAAUAACAGAACCUACCCAAGCAUUCAGAUUCUAAAUGUUACCAGGAAAGGAAAAGUACGUGUUACCCUGGUAACCAAAAGCGACCCAUAUAAACCGCAUCCCCAUGACCUGGUGGGUAAGGACUGCAAGGAUGGUUAUUACGAGGUAGAGUUUGGACCUGAACGAAGAGUCAUCGCUUUUCAGAACCUGGGUAUCCAGUGUGUGCGAAGACGAGAAGUGAGAGAUGCCAUAAUGCAGAGGAUUGCGCGAAGAAUCAACCCCUUCAAUGUUCCCCGGGAAAAGCUGCUACAGACUGAGGAGUAUGAUCUGAAUGUGGUGCGUCUUUGCUUCCAAAUUUUUCUGCAAGAUGAGACCGGGAUGUACAACACCACGCUGCCUCCCAUCGUCUCCAACCCCAUCUAUGACAACAGGGCCCCGAAUACAGCCGAAUUGCGAAUCUGCCGGGUGAACAAGAACAGUGGCAGUGUAAAGGGAGGUGAUGAGAUUUUCCUCCUCUGCGAUAAAGUGCAGAAAGAUGACAUUGAGGUGAGGUUCUUCACUCAGACCUGGGAGGCCAAAGGCUUAUUCUCUCAGGCAGACGUACACAGGCAAGUGGCCAUAGUGUUCAAGACACCCGCCUACUGUGACACCACCAUCACAGCCCCUGUCACAGUGCGCAUGCAGCUGCGCCGGCCCACGGACCAGGAGGUCAGUGAGCCCAUGGAGUUCCGCUAUCUCCCCGAUGACAAAGAUCCAUAUCGCUGUCAAGAGAAGAAACGUAAAAUUGAAAGCCAGAUGAAAUCCUUCUCUGGCUUCUCCCAAGGAGCCAUGAGCUUCAUGAACAGACCAAAAGCAGUGCCUUCACCUAGCAUGAUAAAUCAGAGAAUCAAACUCGAGCAACAAAAUUAUUAUAGUCCAUCCAAUCAUGGGGUGAUGCACCAAAAUCCGACAGGCUAUUAUAACAAAGCCCCUCCGUCCUGCUCCAUGAUGCCACCCCUAACAGAACCUCCACCGUCAGGGACACUCAGUCAAGCAUGGCCCAGUCCAGUCGCCAACACCACCAGAGCCAGUAAUGGAGUGUGCCUACAGCAGGUGAACCCAAGUCCCAGCAUGCCCACCACAGGGGAAAGUGGAAACAGCCUUCCUCUGCUGACCGCUACGGAUCUGGAGAUUCUUCAACCCAAUGGCCCAACCAGCAGCCAGCUUCGACAGGACCAGCUGAACCAGCAAAACCAGCAGGUCCAGCAAUCCCAACAGCCACCUCAAAGGCAAGGCGUAGACGGAGCCCAUAAUUGGUAUAACUAUGGCCACCAACAGCCUCAAAGCACACAGAAUGGGGCAACAGGCACCGGUGGGUCAAUGGGAACUGGCUACUUGUAUACAGGCAACAUAGAUGAUGAUUUAUUUCAAAACCUGAUGGGCAAUCAUGCUCCAGGCCUACCACUGAAACAGGAAACUCAAGGGCCGAGCAAUAUGGCUGUGCUGGGGCCCAGCUCGGACUGUGGGCAGUCCUUCACCGCGCUCCUGAACUCCACCACCACCAAUGGAAGUACCGCAGAGACCAUGAGACAAAUGGAAGCUGGUGGGCCCAAUCAGAGGGUCUCGCAUAUUCCGUACCCUGCCAGCAGCAUGGGGCAGGAGAGCCAUCUUGAUUCUUUUGCCUGGUCAUUCUUCCCCGAAUAGAGUCGAAUUCCAUAAGUGUUCAAGAUGUUCAUGAUUUUGUUCUUUAAAUAUAGGCUCUGAUUUAUGUUCACUUAAUGUAUUUCCUGAAAAUCAGGAGGGUUUGUUGUCCUGGAAAUACUGUACGUUGCUGCAGCCAAUUAGGUAAAGCAGUGAGAUUUUAUGAAACGUCUAUGUACAUAACAGUCUGAUGGUCAUAUUGGAGUAGUUUGGGACCAUUUGUCCACAAACGCUCAAUUAUGGCAGGGUAAUCGUGUUCCUUAACGUGGGAACUAGCAGGGAAUUGUCCCUGGGUAAUGGCUAUGUCAUUUUAAACAUGCUUCUUAUCCAAGGUUCUCAAACGUGCUGUUCAUAAAAGGGUUUUUAUUGGUAACUCGAAAGUGAUAUUAAGGCUUUAGAAAACUAAGACCAAUGUCUCAUUCUAUUUUUACUUUAUUUAGCAUACACAUGCUAAUUGUGGAGUUUGCUUUUAUAUUGCAUUUUCUGUGGGUGAGUUUUUGUAUUUUUAUCAAAUUAAAGUUUAUACUACUGAACAUGGAUUUUGUGAUUUCAUGUAUGUAAAUGUUUGCUACAUAUGUGGAGGUGGCCAAUGUUUGUUUUCAUUCAUACUGGUAAUUUGAAUGCAUCAUCUGUUUCUGUUUCACAUUCCAAAGUUCAGGUAAAUAAAAGAUUAAACUCUCUAA